AUGAUAAGAGUGCAAAACUUCGCUAUAAGAUUCGUAAAGCCAUCUAGGCACAGCAGGAAUUGUGGCACUAAGAGAGAUCAGAAAGUAUCAGAAGAGCACGGUAACAUUGAUCCAGAAACUUCCAUUCUAACGACUGGUGAAAGCAAUAGCCCAAAGUUUGAAGGCGGAGUUCCGGUUCCAGAGAAGCGCUGUUGA